UUAGAUUAUUAAAUUACUUUUGAGAGUUAUGAAGCGUAGAAUGUACAAUUCGAGGGGUUUAACUUGUCAGUUUUUUUUUUUUUUUUAGUUGAUCACUCAUCGUAAUAGUUAGUGCCUACCAACUACCAAUAAAUUCAACUGCGGCUGAUGAAACAGAAACACCACCACCUGUUUGACAAAAGGUCUAAGACAACUUGUAGCAGAAAUUUCAAUGGACGUUAUCCUCGGAAGGAGAUGGAGGGGUCCUAUAGCUAUGGCACUAAGGAGUGUGGAAGCAGUGGCUUUCUUGGUUUUUCUGGUUGUUGGGUUCUCAAUUUUCAUGGCAAUGGGACGCUCUAAAACUCUUAAUCAAAUUGAACUGAAUAAUCAUUCAGGUCAUUGUAACUUUCCAGCAAUAUUCAACUUUGGGGAUUCGAACUCUGAUACUGGAGGCAAAUCAGCAGCGUAUGAUCGGCUUCCCUCUCCUAACGGUGACACCUUCUUUGGUAAACCUUCGGGGAGGUUCUGCGAUGGACAACUUGUCAUUGAUUUUAUAGCUGAGAAGCUGGGAUUGCCAUACUUGAGCGGGUAUCUAGAUUCUAUUGGGACAAAUUUUCGAUAUGGGGCAAAUUUUGCUACAGCGGGGUCUACUAUUCAGCCAGUUGAUGCCAAAAUAUUUGAGAUGGGUUUUAGCCCCUUCUCUCUUGACAUACAGCUUUUUCAAUUUGAACAAUUCAAAGCACGCACCAUUGAGCUAUACAAGGAAGGUAGAAGCUCAUAUAUCGAAAGCAGUUUCCCCAGACCAGUGGACUUUUCCAAGGCACUAUACACAUUGGAUAUUGGACAGAAUGAUCUUCAUGGUGGGUUCGUGUCGAUGACAGAGAAACAAGUGCUGGCAUCAACACCAAAUAUUAUCAAUCAAUCUGCUGAGGCAGUAAAGAAACUAUACCAAUUAGGAGCAAGAUCAUUUUGGAUACAUAAUACAGGUCCUAUUGGCUGCUUGCCUUUUGCUGUAAUAUAUUAUCCUCCAAAGCCAGAAAAUAUGGACCAAAGUGGUUGUGUGAAGUCCCACAAUGAGGUCGCCAAGGAAUUUAACAGGCAGCUUCAAGAGAGGGUGACCCAACUGGGAGCGCAACUUCCAGAUGCAAUACUUACUUAUGUUGACAUUUUCUCGGCUAAAUACACUUUAAUUUCUGAAGCAAAGAAGCUUGGUUUUGCUAAUCCACAUGGAUACUGUUGUGGGCAUCUUGGAGAUUACAAUGUUGACUGUGGAAGGAAGGCAAUGGUGAAUGGGACUGAAAUCAUAGGGGCUUCAUGCAGCAAUCCUUCAGAGUACAUUAGUUGGGAUGGCGUACAUUAUUCUCAUGCUGCAAAUAAAUGGAUAGCCAACCAAAUUCUUAACGGCAACCUUUCCAACCCUCCGAUCCCGAUUACUGGAGCUUGUCACAAGCUUGGUCAUUCAUGAUCACAAGCCUUAAGCUGCAAUGGAUAUCUUGCAAUCAUGCAAUGGAAAAGUUUAAGUUCUAUCAGAGAUGCGGUUAUGUUUCUGUUAAUAAUUCAUUUUCCCUCCCAUGAAAUAGAACUUUGAAUUUCAUUUUGUACAGACAAUUCACAAAUUUGCACAGAAAAGUUACAAAAGAAGAAGAUCAAUGUUGUAUGAGUGUUAUUAUAUCACUUGAAGUUGGGACUAGCAAAAA